AUGUAUGAUAUAAUGCACUGAGGUGACUGCAAGAUAAGGACACAGGGUAUACGAAAAAAAACUGGGGGUUGAAGGCGGCGCCGGCCGCACCCCGGCGUCGCGACGUCAGUCUUCGUUCCAACGUGGCUCAACAAGUACACGCGGCACUGAGCGUACAAAUACAAAAUUUUCGAAAUUGUGAAGUAACUUUGUCGUAUGGCGAUUUAACAUUAAAAUGCAUUAGAGAAUAUAUCAACAAUCGGAAACGGAUAGAUCGUAGAUCUUUUUUUUACAACGAUUAAGUCAACGAUCUAAUAUCAACAUUGGCAAAAAGAAGGAGGAAUACGCUAUGCGAUCUAAGAUAACGACUGGAAAUUCUUGGGAAACGAAGUGGUCUACGGAAUCAUCACAAAGCGAUAGAAGUGUGCGGCGAAUGCCAAAACGAUCGGAAUCAUCAGCACUGAAAUUAUCGAAACCUUCCAGGCGGAAUACGGCACGGGAGAGGACUCUUAGGAGACUCGAGAGCAACGAGCGGGAGCGUAUGCGGAUGCACAGCUUGAACAAUGCAUUUCAGUCUUUACGCGAAGUGAUCCCACACGUUAUCAAAGAAAGACGACUUUCGAAAAUCGAGACGUUAACUCUGGCUAAGAAUUAUAUAGUAGCUCUUACGGAUGUAAUAUGCGCUAUGAGAAGCGAAGAUCGAGCGGAGAAUCAGCAGACGAACGAUUCUGAAUCUCAGGAUUCGUCGAACAGCGAACAACGAUCUGACUCGACCACUGUUCGCGCAAAUCUUCCUAUUGCGUCCAGAUGCUGCGGUUCAGAAUCUCAGAAUUUCUAUCAGAAUAAUCACUCGCGAUGGGAAGACGACCAGAGCAAUGUUACAGGUCUCUAAAAAGAUAUGGAGCACUGAAGGCGAUAAGCUACAAAUUGAAGUCUUCACGCAAACAGCGUUUCAGAUAGUCUUCCUUCCUUAAUCGUGCAUGAGUUUACGUUUUAAGAAAUUAUGCAACGCGUCUAUAAGUCUUAGCAAAAAUACGUUUUAUGACUGAUAAUAAUCUAAGAAAAUACUAUGUGCCAAAGAAAAAUAGUAUUCGCAAAGGAUAAUAUUACAAUUAUUUCAUGUACAAAAGAUACAUUAUUUUUUAUCAAAGAUAAGGCAAAGAGAUAUAUUUAGAGAAAUACAUUAUAUAACAAAA